GCCUGCGCGUGCGCCUGCGCGUCACGACCCGGCCCGGGCGGGGGGUGAAGAAGGGGCCGGCCUUCGAGCUACAGCGACGCAAGAUGGCAGCCACCACGGGCUCGGGAGUAAAAGUCCCUCGCAAUUUCCGACUGUUGGAAGAACUCGAAGAAGGCCAGAAAGGAGUAGGAGAUGGCACAGUUAGCUGGGGUCUAGAAGAUGACGAAGACAUGACACUUACAAGAUGGACAGGGAUGACAAUUUAUGAAAACCGAAUAUACAGCCUUAAAAUAGAAUGUGGACCUAAAUACCCAGAAGCACCCCCCUUCGUAAGAUUUGUAACAAAAAUUAAUAUGAAUGGAGUCAAUAGUUCUAAUGGAGUGGUGGAUCCCAGAGCCAUAUCAGUGCUAGCAAAAUGGCAGAAUUCCUAUAGCAUCAAAGUUGUUCUCCAAGAGCUUCGGCGCUUAAUGAUGUCUAAGGAAAACAUGAAACUUCCUCAGCCGCCUGAAGGACAGUGUUACAGCAAUUAAUCAAAGCCCCCGGGCCCCCUCCACCCCCACCCCAAUUCGGUUCAAGCAGUCUUCAUUUUCCACAGUAGUAAAUUUUAUAGUUGCGUCUUGUAGACCUCAAAGUACUGGAAAGGAAGCUCCCAUUCAAAGGCAGUUUAUCUUAAGAUACUGUAAAUGAUACUAAUUUUUUGUCCAUUUGAAAUAUAUAAGUUGUGCUAUAACCAAUCAUCUGUCAAGUGUAACCACUGUCCGCAUAGCUGAACUUCUGGGAUCAAGGAAGUGUGUUAAAUUGAUUCCCAUCGGGACUGGUGGUGCACAUCUGACCUAACUGUGAAGAGACGCAUCACACAACCACCUUGCUGCUGACGACAGGGCCGGCUCAGCCCGGCCGCCUGCCCCGCCCCGCCCCGCCCCGGCCGGGUGGCGGCUGAGUGGGUGUGAAGGUUUCAGGUUGCUGCCUGUGGGACUACUGCUGGGUGUGGGGGGUGCUUGCCUGCACCCUGGUUUCUUUUUUUUAAGUCUUAAGUGACGCCCCCUUCAAGCCAUUGACCUGUCCCACCCUUCCGCUCCCACCCUUGGCCGAAGCAUAGAUUGUAACCCUCUGUCUCCCUCUGAAAUUGGCCUUUGGUGAGGAAUUCAGGGCUUUCCCCCAUCUGUCCCCUACCUUGAUCGAGGGGUGCUGCUUUUUCCCUCCUCCUCUCCCUUGUCACACUGUCACCCCAACACUUCCCACGACCCUUCCUUCCUUGGCCAGAAGCCAUCAGAUAAGGUUGGAAAGAGCCUCUGACCUCCCUCGUUAGCUUUGGACCCAGUCACUCAUCCUCUGCCAGCCUGGGAAAGGGCGCCAGGUCCCGGGCUCUGCCACCCGCUGUCACCGUCAGCCGAUGUCUUAGCUCAGGUCUGAUGAGUGAACAGAGCAGACCUGCCAGCGCUCACGUCCCUGCCAGCAGACCUGGAGCACCGCCACACAAGGAUGCUGGUCAGCACGAGCAGUCCCUCUGGAUGGCUCCCUCCCCUGCCCACGCCGCGUUGAAGCGUUGGAGAAGGUUUCGAGGGCCUCGUUGGCCGCCCUGGGCUCCAUCUGGGUCUGGAGGGAAAUCUGACGGCUGCACAGAAGAACCCGAGGUGUGGACUUUGGCUCUGGUGCUGCUGCUUCUCUGCUCGGCAGGGACCAAGGAGCGGCCUGGCGGCCUGGCACCUGCUGCCUGCUGCCUUUUCCCGCUGUUCAGGACCACUAAAUGCUGAAAUGUGGAUGCAAACCGAAAUAAAGCGAUUCGUGGUGUUCCGAAGGGGGUUUUUAGUAUUUGUGUAAAACCACCUUUUAAAGCAGUAACUAUCAAGUCUGCAAAGCAAAGCAGUUUCCAUCCAUCCUUUUCUAGGGAAAACCUUAGUUCACGGAUUUCACGCCCUCUAGUUGCACUUAACAGUGUUCCCUACGCAGCCUUUUUAUUGUCAGACCAUCGCCUGAUUUUAAUAAAACACAAGUGUGCGUUCAUA